GGUAGCGCUAAAGUCGCUGACUUGGUACCCGAUACAUUGUGUCACUGGUGAAACCUUGCACAGAAUGACGCGGUGUGGAUGUGUGAAUUACAAGGGAAUUCCUGCCUUCUAACUUGAUCUGAACCUAGUUCCUAUCCAGCUCAAAAAUAUUGUAAUUUCUUUGCUGUUUCGUUUUCAUCACUCGGUUUGGGAACAAUUAAUAUAAAGGUGGAAAGAGUCUAAUCUUGGAGCAUAACAGAUUGGGACAGAGGCACUUUGGAGGGUGCUAAAUCGUGAAUGAGUCUUUAAGGAGUUAAGUUGCCAAAAAGGCACCCAUUGGCCUGUUCUGGGACACCAAUUGAAACUUUCAAAGAGAAGGGCAGAUGAACACAGUACAUGCUUGGCCCAUAUCUGUGGUGAAUUGGACUGGACCUUCAAUAUAUUGCCUUGUGAUAUAAAGACAUAUUGUUACAAUGACUGAGGUAGAGCCUGUGCUGGACUUUGCUACAUCGGGACGGACGGGCCGAAGAAAUGCUUUGCCUGACAUCCUAGGCUCGCCUGCUGGGGUCAGUCCUUCAGAACUUCCCAUGAAACUAGCAGAACUUUCUAUUAAUGCAGGAGCAGAAGGAACCCAGACACCAUCAACAGAAGUACCACCCGAAUCAACAGAGAGUCCAGAGCUGAAAGAUGCAUCAUAACGUGUUGAGGAUGGACAUUUAUACUAAAGACUGUGUCGAUAAAGCUUUAAAUCAAAUGACCUGAAAAUCAUCAGGAUUCCUUGACUGUGUCAAGUUCACCUCUGAGUCUGGCGAGUCAAAAGGGAAGGCAAGGUGUGGAGAAAAUUUAGAGAACAACAUAAAAUAAAUCAACAAUAUGGCUUGGAAAGGAAGCCUGAAAAACUAUUAAGAUGAAAAUGAAAUUCAGAAAUUAAUCUUCAAACCUAACAUUUAAUGAACUAUCACAUGGAUUAAGCCCUUGAAAAUGAUGAAGGAGACAGUUUCACAGUUAUUUGACUGUGAUUAGCUACUAUGACACUUUGGUGCAAGUUUUUUCCCCCUCAAUGUAAACCUUUAUCUUUGCUGCGUUGACAGAUUAUACACAACAGAAGCAUUGAUUAUUUGUGUAGCAACCUGUUUUAAAAUCACUAAAUCCGAUUUAUGAACUUUUCUGACUUUAAGCCACUAAACAUAUUUUAAAAGAUCACAUCUGACUUAGUCAACAUUUUGCCUUGAUCCAUAAAAUGGUCCAUUUUGUACGCUUGUGCUUUAGUAAACUUUAAAUAUUUGAGACAUUCAAUUUUCGAGCAACAAUUUCAUUGGGGCAAAAUUGUGCUAUUUGUAUGAAACUCUUCUAUUUCAAAAAAACAUAUAACCCUGUUUGAAAACACUACUUGAUCUUAACCCCAUGUUUUUGUAUUAUUUUUGUUGCUUGUUAGCUAAAUUCUACAGUUUAUAUGGUCCUCCUACCCCUCCCUGCUCCCCACCCCCAAUUGUCUAUCAUUUAGUCAAUUUGGCAUCACACCACCAGAUUUUUAAUUGGCUCUACUUCCCUCUGUCAAUAAUUAAAAUUCUUUCAGCCCAGUAUUUGAGGAAAUGUAAUAAAUCUUAGAGCUGCUAACAUCAUGGAAAUGUUGGCAGUGGAAUUUUUGAUCAAAAGAAGCGAGACAGAUCAUAAAACCAUUUAAACACGCGAGCUAUGUUUUUUUUUAAGGAGUGAAAAACAUCAAAAUAGGCUCAAUUUCUAAGCCAAGAGGAAUUUUUUUUGAGGUGAGAAUUAAAUUAGUUUUUUCUAAUAUGGAAUCCUACUAUGUGUAUACUACUCCAAGAGUAAGAUUGACUGUGGGAAUUUUAAUUAACUUCAACUUUCUUUCAUAACCCAGCUUUUCAGAGCUCAGAAUCUGGCUAAGAAUGACUUUGAAACUGUGAGUGGCGUUGUCACUAAAAUGAGCUGAAACUCAUCUGACUGUGUUAACUUUCUGCAGUCUUCAGAUUUUUUUUAUCUGAAAGCAUGCUGGAACAUGAAAUGUCAUGAUGUUCAGCUGCACAUAUUGAAGCAUUGUGGCAUACACCCAUACAUUUGCAAAAAUUGGAUUUCAUGUAGAAAUCCCAGUUGGGUAUAUCUAAAGGUUCUGGAGACAUUACAAGAGAUUUUCAAUGGACUUCAUCUCUCAAAUAUUUCCAGUUUUUAAAGGUUUUUUUGUUCAUACCCAAGAGGAAUAACGCCUCCAAAAUAGGUUGAAACUCCUGUGCAUUAGGGAUUUAAUUGGGGGCUCUGGAUGUAAAACCCUAUAAGAAUGGGCUUGGCUGAGAAGCUAACUAUACUACACACUAAGUAUAAGAUAAUAAGUCAUACUGUGUAGCCACUGCACUUUUCAGCAUCAACUCUUGUACAUUGUCAAUUGGCUAGGUUUGUGCCCAUAAUAACAGGGAGCUGAUAGUUUAGAGUAGAACAACCUGUGUUAAGUACUGCCAGUGCUUUUAUCAUCUGUCUAGUAUCUCAACUGUGUAUGAAUGAUGAAUAUAUAUUGUACAAAUUGUAUAUGAAUCUUGAAAUUGCAUAUAACUUCAUAUGACACCCAAUAGGUGUACUGUGGUAUGUUGUAUAAAGUGUAUCUAGGUUCUGUAAAUUUGUCUGCAGAAGUGAGCGAAUGAGUGUGAAUGGUUAAAUUGCCAAAGAAUGUAGGUGUGGCAUAAUUGGACCAAGUUAUACUGAGCUAAGAGGUACAUCCAGGAGUUAAUACUUGCUGGAACUUACUUCAAUUAAUAAAUCUCAACAUAUAUUCCAAUCAAGCAAGGGCAUUGCUAACCAAUUACACCCCAAAUAAGUUCAACAUUCUCUAAUAUUGCUGAAAAGAGAGACAUUGCCAAAGCUCUUUGUCUUAAACUCAUCAGGACAAACGCAAGAAUGCCAAAUUUCAAAUGAUCAAAUUGAUACCACAGGAGGAAAAAAGUGCUGAUUGGUUGCAAGUCAACUCUGGUUGAGGCAUUGCCAUGGAGAAAGCAACAGGAACUAUAGCCUCCCCCAAACAUGUUCAUUUUGUUUGCAGUCAAUUGGCUACUACAGUGGUGAGGGGAGAUAGGGAGGGGAUGGUAUUUAAUAACGGAUGAAACAAGAUGGGCUGAAUGGCAAGGAAGUUUAUUUUUCAUCAUUACUUCCUUGUGCAGUAUUUCUAUCUUUGUCUAAGUAUAGAUGAAAUAUUAGAGCUGGACAUUAAUUUUGGUGCAUCAUUUGAAAAGAAUUCAACAUACUUUGCUGAUUCUCUUAGUGUGUUCCUUUAUAAAAAAAAAUUCAGUCUCUGGAUGUUGAUGUCUUUCAAAGUAUCCUACAGGGUAAAUUCCCAUGUCUACUUGAGCAGUAAAGUGGAUUAUAUGGUCUUCAUUGAAAUUUCAUUGAAAUCAAUAAAUCCUCUUUUUGAAGAUGGAUCAUGCUCCCUGCCAGAUUACUACCAAGGUAGUGAAGAUGAAAAUGUAUCCUAAUUGUGGAACAAUCACAAAGACACAACAUUUUCAAUAACACAAAAUUUAAAAUAAAAUAAAUAUACUUGC